AUGUUGAGGAGGGGUUUGAAAGCAGAUUCAGUUACAUUGUGUACUUUGGUUAAAGGUAUAUGUAAGGAGGGGAAGGUUUUGAGUGCAGUUCAGUUUCUUGAUAAAAUGACUGAAGAGAAAGUUGAAGUAAAGGUGCCCUCAUAUAGCAUGAUCAUUGAUUCUCUUUGCAAAGAUGGGUUGAUGAAUGAGGCACUUGAUUUUUUCUCCGACAUGAUUCAUGAAGGUGUUACCCCAGAUGUCAUUGUUUACAGUUGUUUAAUUGAUGGUUUGUGUAGUUCAGGCCGGUUGAAAGAAGAUGUGAGACUUUUUGAUGAAAUGGUUGGCCGAGGGAUUUAUGCCGAUGUUGUAACAUAUAGUUCUUUGAUUCAUGGUUUUUGUCAGCUGGAUUUGUGGAAGGAAGUUACAAGAAUUUUUGAUAAAAUGGUUGGACAAGGGAUUUCACCAGAUGUUGUAACAUUUACGAUAUUAAUAGAUUGUCUCUGUAAAAGGGGAAUGGUGGGAGAAGCUAGGAUGGUGUUUGACCUGAUGAUUCUGCUAGGCAAGAAGCCUAAUGAAUUUACGUAUAAUUCGCUGAUUUAUGGAUUAUGUUUGACAGGUCGGGCAAUUGAUGGAGCUAUGCGCCUUUUUCAGGAAAUGCAUGAGAAGGGGCUGAAGCCCACCACUGUAAUUUACAGCACACUAAUAGGAGCACUCUGCCAGGCAGAAAGAGUUAAAACCGCAAAGGGACUAUUCAAUGAGAUGCAAACUUGUGGGUUAUCUCCAGAUUUGUGUUCUUAUUCUAUACUGUUAAAUGGGCUCUGCAAAAAUGGACAGCUCGAAGAGGCAAUGGAUGUAUUUAGGUCUAUUAAGAGUGCUGGGCUUGAAACUAAUAUUGAAGUUUUCAACACACUCAUUGAUGGGAUGUGCAGAGUUGGUAAAAUAGCUGCAGCGAAGGAACAGUUUGAUGAAAUCUUGAAGAAAGGUAUGGUGCCUCAUAUUGUAACAUAUAACAUAAUGAUCAAUGGCCUCUGCAGGAAUGGGAUGUUGUCGGAGCCCAGUAAAUUGUUCUUGCGGAUGGAAGAGGAGGGUUGCUUCCCAGCUGCCAUUUCAUUUAACAUCAUCAUUCGAGGUUUUCUCCAAGAAAAUGAGAUCACCAAAGCAAUGCAGUUCUUUAAAGAGAUGCGUAAUAAAAAUUUCUUGCCUAAUGAAGCAGUCAGUUUGACAUUACUACACCAUGUGUUGGUGAAUAAACAAUGUCAAACGGCCCUCGAGUCACUUCCUAAUUCUCUUUAG